CCUAUUAAACUGGAGAAAAGUUAGUUUUGCGAAGCAAACAAUAACAAGGGUGAAUUCUGUUCGUAAAGAAAAUCACUUAAAUUCGUUGAGCAUGAACUCAUUGCUCGCGAGUAAAACGUUUAGAGAGUAGUAGCGACGUACAGUGAACAUUUAGUCGAAUUAAAUGUAUGUUCCUCUUUUUCGAAAGUUUUCUGUCCUUCUAAGAAAUUGUCUAUAUCAUAAAAAUGCCAAAAAAUCGGUUAAUCACGCGUUCAGUGACGAAUAUUCGACCGACCCACAUGACUUUAAAUUUAGAAUGCUCCGAAGAGCCACUUAGCGAAGCGCAAUUAAUGCUACGAUUAGAACUCAAGGAGAAUUAUGACAGGGUUGCUGCUACUUUAGAGGAAUUGGUGAAAGAUCAUGGAGGUAAAUUGGUAUGUCAAGCAGGCAAUGUCAAUGGUUAUCAGUACACAUUGCCUGCAAAUCCUGCGCAAGCUGUUGUUAAAAAUAAUCCACAGUCCAUCGUGAGUGUUAAUCAAAAUAAGAAUCAGCCGAUUAAGCUCAAUGUACUGAAUAAUGCAAACGGCUCUCAAGGUAACAUACAGUUGGUCGUGGAUUCAAGAAUGGGAGUUAUUUUAGGAUCGGUCGCUCAACCUCAAGGUACUACCAUAACGACUGCUUCGUCGGGUACAAUAUCUACACCAGUAUUGACGUCUGCGUCGUCGUCGACAUCGUUGGCUAGCACUAUACCUACCGUCACGCAUCCCCAGGCGGAAAACUAUAAAUAUACACGAUCCGGACGCAGAACAAAAGUACUCCAAGUCCAGCAACCUGAUAUAAUAGAGGAACCCGUGCUGAUCACCCGUGGAAAACAAAAAGUGGGCUCUUCGACGCACGUUGUAACACCAACUACCACCAGUCCACAGGGUGUAACGAAUCUUCGAAUAAAAACAGUAACUAAACAACAAAUUGCACCGGCAACGGUGUCGUCGACUCCACCAACCAUAAGUACAACAACGGGAGUGACGACCAAAGUAUCUGCCUCAAAACCAACCGAGCACACUAGCAUCGGUGGAAUAUCGGUGGGAAAUAAAAAUGCAGCCGCUGAACAAAUCGACGAAGCAAAGAAGAAUCUUCCGGAUGGCAGGGAAGUAACGUUUAACAAAAUGAACGGUGGCAGGACGUUCCCUUCGCUGGUCGUCAUAGCUAGACCGAAUCUUCGCACCAAGGACAUCGCACCACAAAUAGCUCAAAAAGAAAGAUCGGACUUAGAUAUCAAAGUGAAGAGCGUACUCAUGUUUUCCGCUACGAAAUUUGCCGAAUGGUUGAUACAACAAGGUUUAGUGAAAUCGGAACAAUAUUGCGCCCAACAUAGCAAUAGUUAUCAAAAGACUAAACUGAAACUGGGAAUGUACAGCGAUCAAGGAACAUUUCCUUAUUCGGGAGGGUACGUUUGGAUCUCGAGCUGCUGUCCAGAUCGUUUCGUCUCGGUUUUUUCCGGUUCAAUAUUUCAAGGAGCACCGUACACACCUACCGUUCUUUUGAAAUUAAUAUAUCAUUGGGCUUGCCAGACAAACGUUCAAAAUGUUGUUUCCUGGGUAAAAGUGUCGAACGUGUAUGUGAAAAAUUUUUACACGCAUCUGCGUAGUGUUUGCACGUCCGCAAUGUGGGACAAAACACGUAAGAUGGGAGGGAAAAAUUCUGUGAUACAAGUUGGUGUAAUUAGUUUGGGUACAACGUCGCAGGACGGAAACUUGCGACAAGUAAAAGUCGAGGUGCUCGGUGUAUUGGAUUACACCACCCUCGAUUUAAGACUAAGGGCAUGCGAUCCUGUACAAGACGGCGAUAGAUCGUAUAAACGACGAUUCAAUAAUAUUCUACAUCCGUUGAAAGAUUGGGUGCACACCGAUUCCAAGAUCAUGACAGAUUUUACCGUCGAUAAAAGUACGCUCGAAGAAAUGGGUUUCACUCAUAUCACGCAAUCCGCGUUCUCCGAUCAAAAUCCCCGAAACGUGAUGAGCAAUUAUCACAUUAUGGAAUAUUUGAGAAAAAUUGUUCCCAGAAUGUUUCAAAAUACUCUGAGCUUACUCAGCAGACAAAUGAUACAGCAAUUCUUGGAUGAGUUGGUAUGGAGAGAAAUGUACGGUACGACGGCCGCACGAGCAUUCGAUAACAUUAUCGCCCAUAUCGCCGAGCAAACUAGGAUCUAUUCCGACGAGGGUUUGUUGGAUCGAUUGACGAAGAUAGCCGCGAAUCCGUUUCAGAAUUGGUCCUACUCGCCACCUUUGACGCAUCUAAUGACGAUAAAUAAAGAAGAUAUUCAGUCGGGCUGCGACGUUCUGAUACAAAACAGCGUUAACAGCGCUGGUAAUAUUAAUCAACAACAACAACAACAACAACAGCAACAGCAACAGCAACAGCAACAACAACAACAACAACAACAACAACAACAACAACAGGAGACAGUGUCGUAUGGUCAAGCAGUAAAGCCUGGUCCAAGAAGAGGACGUAAAAGAAAUAUCGCAACGACGGCUAGUCCGGAUCCCGAAGCAAAGAAAGCCAUGUUAGAUUCGAAAGCUCGAGACAAAGAGGGUAAAAACGAUCAGAUACAGUUGCAAGAAUUUUAUUACGCUACCAUGGAAGGUGAAAAGAAUAUACUUUUGAAAGAGCACAAGUGUUCGUUAUACUUUAGGUGCUUUCUCUGUACGAUGACGAUGCGUUCGAAUACAGACGUAAUGGAACAUAUGAUCAGUCAUGUUCCUCCUCAAGUGCCCGGACAAUCAAACUCGCCCGUGUGUCGAUAUUGUUGUACUGCUUUCUCGUCUCAACAUCAAAUGGUUACGCACGUUACGGAGACGCACAGUAAUUUUGGCAACUCCGACAGCGACAUGGUCGUUUGCGCGAUUUGCGAACAGAAAUUCGGAAACAGCGGACUUUUAAUUAAUCAUUUAUCGUCGAUCCAUUAUCCGUCCGAAAUGCCAUACCGAUGCGAAACCUGCGGCUACCGUACUUCCAGCCACAAGGACGCUAUCGAUCACUUUUAUCGUAUUCAUGAAAAAGGCGAGAGCUUGCAAUGCCCCUAUUGUUUAAAAGUAAUACAAUUCGUAAGCGAGGGGAGUCCCAGUGCCACCAGCGUCCAUGCCUUCUUACUGCACAUGCAGAGACACGUUAUAAGAAGAGAGCAAGGACGGGGUAAUAAAUGCUCGAAAUGCUGUCUCUGGUUCAAUCAGAAAAGUUCGUUAAAAGUUCAUCAGAGAGAAUUGCACGACUGUGUUUCUGGCUCGAAGGUUGUCCCCUAUUCCAGCAGUAGUAACGGAAUAAUGAUAUCGAAGCAGCGGCCACUCAACAGACGAUUCGACCUCGACAGUCCCGUAACGGAAUUGCCACGCGACGAAAAGGUGAAAAAGUGGCUCACAGGCCCGAUCACGGUCAACGUCCCGAUCGAAAACCUGUCUUGUCAAGAAUGCGAAGAAGACGUGGACGAACAAGAUCAUUAUCCAGGUGAACAGAGAUGUCACCAAUGUCGAUACAUAACUUGUUGUUGGCGUGCCUUUAAGGAACAUCAACAACAAAUUCACAAUGAACGACCGAUGACUAGUCUGGUGGUUCCCUCGCCUCUCAUUAAUAUUCCGUUGGACAAAAGGAUGCAAUGUUCGUGCGGUUAUGCGACCGCUGACGGCAAUCUGUUGGCUACGCAUUUAAUUAAAUGUAAAAAAGUAUCCGCUUAUCCGAUGGAAGAUACAGCGCCAUCCGGAAUGCUAGACAGUUUGGGCCUGGUUCCAAAAAACGUUAACGACGAAACCGAGAUCGACGGUAAAAGGACUAUCACUUUACGUUAAAAUAAGUGGAUAAUUCAAAGGAAAUGUUGCAAAAUACAGUUUCAAAAUGUGCCGCGAUUCUCUGCUAUAUUAAUUAAUUAAUACUACUAUACAGGGUGUUCGGCCACCUCGAUUUUAAUGGGUGGUUCUACAGGCGAAAAUAACACGAAAAUCAACAAUACCAAUUUCUUGAUCGAGGCUUUCUUAAAAAGUUAUUAACGUUUAAAGUUCCACCCGUACUGAAUUUUUUUUCUCGA